ACUUAGCAAAAAAGACUCUCACACGGGCUUCUCUGCUUGAACUCCACUGCUCGUCUUUGGCAUUAAGAACUUGCAGGGACCGUCAACGUGCAAAAUACUGUACCAGACUUCAUACGAAUCAAGUAUUUCAGUUAGAGAUUCAGGACAUCCCCCUCAUGGACCAUCACAGAAAAAUCUACCUGCAGCUGGUAUCUGCUUUGCACAACCUCACGAGGCACGUGGUGUACCAGGGCUUGACAAAGCCAGAAGAUAUUCUCUCUCUCUUUCCAGAAAACUUCCACCAAAACUUGAAGAACCUUUUAACCAAGAUAAUCUUGGAGAAUGCCUCUGCGUGGAGGAAUGAAGCACAAGCAAGUCAGAUCUCCCUGCCUCGCCUGGUUGACAUGGACUGGAGGGUGGACAUCAAGACCUCUUCAGACAGCAUCAGCAGAAUGGCAGUCCCUACUUGCCUGCUACAGUUGAAGAUUCAGGAAGAUGCUGCCUUAUGUGGAAAUAAUCCUGUUGUUUCUGCACUGACUGUGGAACUGAGUAAAGAAACCCUGGACACUAUGUUAGAAGGGCUGGGAAGGAUUCGGGACCAACUUUCUGCUGUUGCAAACAAAUGAAUACCAGAGGGCAUGAAUUUCAGCUGCCAGGAAGGGAAGUAUUCUCUCCUCUACCUACAGCUCUGAUAAGUUACAGCCUAGCGUCCUAUGCUUUCUGUCUUGACCAAACAAAAUUAAAGAGAUUUCUGUUUUGAGUUAAUGAAGAUAGCUUUUCAAAAGCUAACACUUAAACAUGCAGUUGGUCUGGUGCCAAAAACUGUUUUCCUAGUGUUGUUGAACAAAAACUCUUCUCCCUUUCAGAGAAGGAUUUAAAGGCUCAGAGCCUGGCUUAAUCACAAGGGUCGUAAUGGGAAAUGGCAAAUAGCUGCAGCCAAUGAAGCGAGUGCUAUCUCCCUGCCCUGAAAUUAGGAUCUAAAAGGCUCAGGCUGGCUAAUGGGCUGCCUUCCAGCAUUAGCAGACAAGGAGGGUGCUUCUCUCUGAAAUGUGCGUGUACUGAGGUGCAUGCUGGAUAUAGCACUCUCUCCUUCCUAACGAAGCACAGCCAUGCUGCAGAUUGUUAUAACAGGAUAAUGCUUUGAAAUAGGGCAAUUAUGCUACAGCAAAUUCCCUUCUGAUCAGCUUCAUAGCACCAUUUGCAAAAUGACUAGUCUGAACAUCUUUAGCAGUGAGUAAUUUCCUCCUCCUGUUUGAAAAGAAAAAAGGAGGUUAGCUCAUUUGCAUUUAGGCUUAUUGGCCUUUAGGCAUUGCCGUUGCUGCAGAAAAGACAGACUGAGAAAGUAAAGAACUGAUGGCCAUUGUCUGUGCUGGAGGAAACCCUUCUAUGGCAAUUGGUGUGUACACUUCCCCAAAGUAUUCUGUUGUUUAAGUCUUCAUUUAAUUAAAAAAAUGAACUGCUGAUUGAUUUUGUAAGUCCUUUUUUGUCUACAAGAGAUGUUGUCCUGGGCUAUCUCAGCCUGUUUGUGAUGGUGCUUAGUUUGUAGGCUGGUGUAAUGGAUGUUAAUUUUGUUGCUCAAGCGGGAUCUUUUGUUUUCUGCUCAGAUGGACUGAUCUUCUAAACUCUGUCUACUCUCCAUUUAGUAAAGUUUACUAAGGUUUUGUAAAAAGCUCAUCUUUUUGCAUAGGCACUGGUUCUGUCCAACAUCACAGGUGAUGAUCCUGAUCUAAAAUGUUAUAGAUAUAUGUGCAUUGAAAGGGUAAAGGAAGAAGUGAUGAAUAGGGAGGAAUGAACAAAAAUAAGACACAUCUUUCUGAUGUGCUUCUGUAAUGCAACAAAUGGGAACACUGGAUCCAAAGUUUUACCUUAGUUUACGGCAAAGCCCCACUUUGCAGCUGGUUCUACCUUAACACACAGAAGAUGGUCUCUCUUGUUUGCAACUGUGAAAUCAUCCCUAUGCAGGCCAGAACAUAGGUGUGAACAAGGCCUAUGCCUUUUUACCAGGAUUAUACAGUUUGUGCAACGUUGAGAUGAGAUGUAUGACUGGUAAUUAUAAACAAGUCACUUGGUUAAGGUCCACUAGAUGAUGCUUAGACCUAAGAUUAUAACACUUAGUACAGCGUUCAAGAUAAACUGGUAAACUUCAUAUUUAAUAUGGAAUCUAAAAUGAGAGGAUGAAUAUUCAAGCAUCUGUUCCAGUCAAGCUGUAGAAAACAUCUGUAACAGACUUCUUCAGUUUGAGGAGGUUUUGUUGCCUUUGCACCCUAGCCUUACAAAAUUUCAUAUAGUUUAUAUUGUGCUGUUCAUUUUAGAAGGUAAGAAUCAAUGAGGAGAGGAGUAACGCAUAACAAAGCGCUCGUACUAUUAGAGGAGCUGAAGAAGUCAAAACACAGAGGAAAUCUUUGAAGCAAAUCUUUAUAGUCAGUGUUGUAAGGCCUAAUUAAAUGAAUAACUGAUAGUUGCAUAGUGUUUUCAUACAAAAUUACAAAACUGUAGAAUAGGGCAUAAUCACCCACUGACUAAGAAGUAUAUAACUACUGUGUAUUGUUUCACUUUAUUUUUUUCAAAUGGAUGAUGGACCAAGCAAACAAGUCAAAUAAUCCUGUGUUGCCAUGUAGGAAGUAGAAAGGCUUAGAACUGAAAGGCUUAGAACUGAAGAGGCUGUUCCACUAUCAGAGUGGCCAAAGUACCAGAGUUCCAGUUUCAGACAGUUGAAAAGUUCUUGAGGAGAGAACACAGGGAACUUAAUCUGAAAAACAUCUGAUGAUUUCAAGUGGUAUCUUUCAAGUCAUUCUACGAGAAGAUACUGGUAUUUUCUAGACCAAGAUUUAGGAGGCUAUAAGUGCUUUCUUUCAAAUCUCUCCCUAAAGUGUGAAUCAUUUUCUUCUUGGCUCUUAUCACCUUUGCCAGAAGAAGAACUGAAACUCACUGCUCAGAAAAAGAUGUAUAAAACAAGAGAGACUGAGUGGGAAUGUCAUUACCCGACCAGCAAGAAUACCUCGUUAAAUGUUCUUAACACCUACUUACAGAGACUUAUACACAGAGAGAAUAAUAUGCCUGCUAUUGCAGGCAAUCACAUGUCAUCUUUUCUGUAAAAUGAUUGCUCUCUUAAAAUCAGUUAGGUUUUUAUCCUCCCUCCACAUAUUGCUGCUAUUUGGUAGGCUAGCCUAAAUGUAUUCAUCACUAUUUUAUUACCAGCUUGUUCCUGUGCCAACGCUUCCCUUUAGCUUAGUUCUCUGCCAGCUUCUGUUUUUCCCUUGUACUUACAGCGAACAGUGAAAUUCUCCUGCACUUGUAAGGACUAAGCAUAGUAAACUCUCUUUUCUGUACCUUUCAGCAUCGUAGUAGCCGUUUUUCACUCACAAGCUUCUCCUUUGAAGGGGGUCACCACAGUCGUUCAUUUCUGUAGAAGUCUGAUCCAAGGAUAUUAAUAAAAAAUAGAGCUGCCAUAGUACCUGAAUCAUCUGAAUGAACUCCUUUCUCCCAGGAAACCACAAACCUUCACUGUGAAGUAGAGCUCAAAAAGUCAAUCUUCAUUCUAGUAUUAUUUGAGGAGUAGAAAAAACAACUCCUACACACACAGUUUGUGAAGUGACAAUUCACUUAGAGCAGGCAAAGCACCUAGUGAGAAAUUUGUUUGUAAAAUAUGAAUAUACAAGUUGAAUUUAAAUUGUAAUUUCACAGUUCAGACAUGGUGCUGGAUCUGACUGUAUCCAAGUAUUCAAAAGGCACUUAAAACAUUACAUUCUAAGUAUUAUUUGUAAAAAGAAACUGUGAUUCCUCUUACUGAAAGUGACUGCAGGAAAAUGUACUUCAGGCGAAAAGUCACAUGGAUUUGGGGGUUAAGAGCACGAAGAACAACUUAGGGUAAAGAAGCUUUUAAUUGGAGCGUAAGCUAGGAAUCAUAACACUUUUUGAACAUUGGUUUAAAAUGCAGAAGACUGUCACGAGUCCUGUAAAAUUUGGUGAAGCAAUAGUAGUUACCCUGCAUUAAGUUUUGGUUUUAGUAUGUGAAAUUUACAUAGUCAAGCUCUCCCAGAACUAUCUCCUAUCUCCUAUGAAAAGAUUUUGUUUUGUUCUUAACUGAGGCGGUAUUCUUAAACUUCAAACAAAUUAUUUCAUUACCAAUAAUCUGUUUUAGAACUGUUUUGAACUAAGAACAAAAAUACUAGUUUCAUAAUUUGUUUGGUAUCUGAUCUUUAUCGGAGGUAACAGAGUUUAAGAAUAUGUAUGGGACCCAAUGCCCAGAUUAGAACCGCUAUAGACUUGUUUUGUAACAAAUUUGUGAUAGACCUUGAUAAGUGAAUGGCUUCUCUCUUUAAAAU